AUGGCUACCCGUCGUCCCCCAUCUUCGCGUGCGACAUCAAAUCCUAAAGCCAUGGCGCCUCUUCCUCCUAGAUCUCGCUCAGUAAUGUCGAAAUCCGCUCCUUCCACCCGGGCUAAUGAAGAACAGUCCAGCAACGCUGCCACCGGUCAAAAAUCCGCUCGGAAGAACGAGGAGGCGGAUACGAAUAUUAAAGUCGUCAUUCGCUGUCGCAGGCGCUCGGAACGAGAAAUCCAAGACAACUCGCCUAUCAUCGUAACUUCGGAAGGUGCAAAGAGCAGUCAACUUUCUAUCGAAACAGCAUCCCCACAAUCCACCCUUGGCGUCGUGACUCUUCCACCUGUCAGGACGUAUCCUUUUGACUUGGUUUUUGGUCCUGAAGCUGACCAGGCAUUGGUGUACCAUGAGGUUGUGAAUCCUAUGUUAGAGCAGGUUGUAGAGGGCUAUAACUGUACACUGUUUGCAUACGGACAAACAGGAACGGGGAAAACUUACACCAUGCACGGCGACCUCCUACCAACUCCCAUGGGAAACCCCUCUUCCCAUGCUGGUAUGAUACCCCGCGUUUUAUUUCGUUUAUUUCACCACCUCGAGAAAAAAAACACGGACUUCAGCGUGAAGGUAUCCUAUAUCGAGCUCUACAAUGAGGAAUUGCGCGAUCUGUUGGCGUCCGACCUAGCGGCACCCAUCGGAUCCACUCAGCCGAUGGGUUUGGGGUCUAAGGACAAUGGGAAGGCGUUCGACGGCGGGCUGAAGAUCUACGAAGAUUCUAACAAGCGAGGCGUCUUCAUACAAGGCGUUGAAGAGAUUCCCGUCAAGUCUUGUGCAGAUGCGCUUGCCCUUCUAGCUAAAGGCAGUCAUCGACGCCAGAUUGCAGCGACCAAGUUCAACGACCACUCUAGUAGAUCACACUCGAUAUUUACCUUGACAGUGCACACGAAAGACAAUGGUAUCGUUGGAGAAGAUCUACUGAGAGUUGGAAAAUUCAAUUUGGUCGACUUGGCUGGUUCAGAAAACAUUGGACGGUCGGGAGCUGAAAAUAAGAGGGCGAGAGAAGCAGGAAUGAUCAAUCAAAGUCUUUUGACGUUGGGGAGAGUGAUAAAUGCGCUUGUUGAUAAAUCUCAACAUGUCCCUUACAGGGAAUCAAAAUUGACGAGACUACUUCAAGACUCCCUCGGUGGACACACUAAGACGUGUAUCAUUGCCACUAUAUCACCUGCGCGCUCGAAUCUGGAGGAGACUCUUUCUACCCUCGAUUAUGCAAUGCAUGCGAAAUCUAUUAAGAACAAGCCCGAACUCAAUCAGCGAAUGACUCGCAACUCACUACUCAAGGAAUAUAUUGCUGAAAUGGAGCGCCUCAAGUCAGAUCUGCUAGCAGCAAGGGAAAAGAGUGGCAUCUACAUCUCCGAAGAGUCCUGGGCACAGCUCACAACCGAGCAAGAACUCAGACAAACAGAGCUUCAAGAGGCAAAGAAGCAGGUAGAAAUUAUUGAGAACCAGAUGCGGGCCGUACGGGAAGAGUUCGAGCAGAGUAUUGGCCUGUUGAUGAAGCGAGACGCCGAGUUGAAAGAAACCAAAGAGAAACUGGAGGUGACCGAGAGUGAACUGUUUGAGAAGGGCGCAGAAUUACAGGGUGCGAAAGUUGCUUUAGAAGAAGAAAUAUUUGUUCGACAAGCAUUCGAAACGACCGAAGAUGCUCUCGACUCCGUCGCCCACGGCUUGAAACUGGUUGCUCACAAUAGCAUACAGGAUCUUGGUGGCUUGUUUGAUAAACUUCAUCGCAAAAGUUCCGUAUUGGAUUCUAAUUCACAGGCUGUCGAAGUCUAUGGCAAGACCAUUACUUCAGCUGCGGGCAUUCUUUCGUUGAGACUUGACGAGUUCGUUGAGUCUUCCACUACCAAAGCCGCCGCACUGCGACAGAUUGUUCAAGAAUUCGGAGCGAGGGAAACGAUGACCCUCGGUUCACAUGUCAGCGGGAUUGAAAACCAACUUCAGGUCAUAAAUGACGCUUUGCAAUCCAUUCGUGCCCACAAUUCCACAGAGGCUCAAGCCCUCGAGGGUUUUCGGAAGGUCCUUGGGAAAACAUGCGAUGCUCUUCAGACUGGCUCCAAACAGUGGGAAGAGAGCAUGACUGCAAGAAACGAAGAAAUCCAUCAUCAGCUCGAGAGCGCACUGUUGGACAUUUCCUCGGAAUUCGCCAACAGUAUCAAGGUGUUGCAUGCUCUGCUGGAAUCGAUAUUGUCCAGUACCUCAACGUUUGUCGAUUCUCAGCGUGAAUCGAUUCUUACCGUCCAUGCAACUGCGAAUGACGCUGCUCAAGCCGAGAUCGUGCGACUUCGGAAACAGAACCAGGAACUUUUGCAGGUGCUCGAGCAACAAAAGGUCGAGAACGCCAAAGCUAAGGAUAAUCUGAUCCAACGCAUAUCGGGACUGCUGGGGGACUAUGUAGAAGCUCGAGAUCAGGACUUGCGGGCGGCCUUGCUUCCAAUGAGAUACGUCAACGAAGUUGCCAUCGAUUCUAUGGGCUCAUUUUCGGAGCGACAUCAAAUGAUCAUAGACGGCAUGCAAGGCGAGGGCACGGCAUUAAAUCAGCAUCUCGAAAAAACCAAGAAACAAUCCAACGCAAUGACAGAAGAGUCAACUAAGGCGUCCACCGCGGCACGAGAAAGUGUCCAGUUAGACCUUUCCAAUGCUAAACGGAAAAUGUCGAAAGAAAUUCAAUCAUACUCUCGAGAAGUUCAAGCACAAUCACAAGCCAUGUCCUCCUCUUGUACGGAAGCAUUCACGACCUAUUCGAACGCUAAGCGUGCACGAUUGGAGGCUGUAGAAACGACAGCUGGAAAUGUACGAUCAGGUCUCGGUCUUCUGCACCGUGGUCUAAAUACGGUGUCCGGAAGUGUGCAGACAUACGUUGAACACACCACAUCACAUACCAAAGAACUUCAGAAUAUGGCAGAAACCUUUAAGGACGUUGCGAGCACGAGCUUCUCGUCUCUCCAACAAGGCUAUGCAUUAUUGAGGAAGGAGUCCACCAAGCAAGAUGUUCCAACUGGCAGCACACCGCGCAAACGCAAUUGGCAGUACGUCGAUAGUUGGGACUUGACAAAGGAAAGGGAUAUACUUCUACAGGAGUGGCGUACUCGUGAGAGUUCUUCUGUUGGUGGUGAACCUCCUGUGCCCGAACAAUCACCUCUACCGGAUGAUACUACCGCACUGGAAUUAGACGGAGGGCAGGAGGCCACUCCCGAGAACUUGUCAACCAAUGAGCCGAAAUCGCCUCCAGAGUUCGUGCCAGAUUUCAGUCCCCGAGAACAUGCGUUCCCGAACCACUCAUUACAAACCUCAACGUCUUCGACGACUUCAGGGGAUGUACUGAUACCCGGUAAAGGGAAGUCGAAAAUAUCGAGCAAUCGGUACCCUCCGUUGGCAGAUACCCGUAACGUUUAUUCGACCCGUACUUCAAGACGACCUCGAUAG